GAAGUAGUAAAUUAUGCUGGAAAGAAAGCUACCGGAGCAGACGGAACACACUGUGUCAGCGGCUUCUCGCAUUAGUCUUGAAGAACACGUUGCGCGGUGAGGAUUUACUUUUUCUUGUUUGUAUAGUGCUGAGACAAAAAUCAGUGAAUCAGUGAAUGUACAUGACCUUCUCAGUGGAUGGAAAAACUCCCACGGAACACGAAUGCUAUGCUGUUGUUUAUAAGCAAAUGAAAGGAUACUGUGAUUCAAUAAUAAUUUGCAUGCGGAAUGCAUUAACCGGUCACCGCGAAGCCGGCAAGGAAGCAACAAGCAGUGAUAAUAAUAGUGAAUAAUUGUGAAUAUACGUCGGGAAUACUGGCACAAAAUUAUACAGACGAAAGGCCAGUUUUUGUUGAAGCAAAAUGAAAUAUAACAAUUUUUUUAUCAUGACCCAAUAAAAGUGAAGCGGUAUUUUAGUGUUUAGCAAAUCGUGAAUUGUGCAACAAGCAAUGUUACCGAAAAUCAAAAGAAAGUACAGAUGAACGUUUCAAGUUCGUUUUCCUACAAAUGAGAAAACCAAGGCUGCCAUUUUUUGGUACCCUUCAACAGUUUUAAGCAUAAUCUGCCACUGACUACCAAACUGACUAUUCAGUUAUCAUAUUACUCAGCAGUAUCAUCAAUACAAAAGCAUAAUGAACAGGAUUUACUUUUUUUCUGUCGUAUGCUUAGCUUCAAUGAUUUUAAUAAAAGAGAUUGAAUGCUCUGGACUGUUUGAGCUAAAGCUGAAAUACUUCAAAAACGAACGAGGGGUGGACAACGAGGGAGCUUGCUGUACUGGCCGUUCCGAUUCAGAAGGUAACUGUAUUGGGGCGUGUAGAACAAGAUUUCGUGCGUGCUUGAAACAUUACCAAGCCAAAAUUGAUACUUCUUCGCCAUGCACGUUCGGGGAUGUUAUAACAUCGGUUCUGGAAGGAAACUCACUUAAUUUAACCGAAAAAAGUAUACAAGAAGGAUUCGAAAAUCCGAUACGGUUUCCAUUUGGAUUUGGUUGGCCGGGUACAUUCACACUAAUCGUCGAAGCAUGGCUUGAUACUAAUGAAACGAUAUCGAGAUCACCCGGUGUAUUAAUAUCGCGCCUCUCAAUUCAACGAGUUUUGGAAGUGUCUACAGAAUGGGCCGAAGACAGCUACAACUCAUCACACACGAUGUUGCAGUACGCAUUUCGAGUAACAUGUGAUGCGUCGUACUACGGAGCGGGCUGUGCUAAUCUUUGUCGGAAACGUGACGACCAAUUUGGCCACUAUACCUGUUCACCAACCGGUGAGCGUGUCUGUCUAUCCGGCUGGCAGGGGGAUUAUUGUACGACUCCUCGAUGCACUCCGGGAUGCGAUGAAUUACAUGGCCACUGCAACAAACCAAACGAAUGCAUAUGUCAAUCAGGAUGGAAAGGAUCUUUAUGUAACGAGUGCGAGCCAUAUCCAGGUUGUAUGCAUGGAACCUGCAAGAAGCCCUGGGAAUGUCUUUGUAAUGAGGGAUGGGGCGGCCUGUUUUGCAACCAAGACUUAAACUUCUGCACUAAUCACAAACCAUGUCAUAACGAAGGAAUAUGUUUCAAUACCGGCCAGGGCUCAUACACGUGCGAAUGUCCUCCUGGUUAUACUGGUACAGAUUGCGAAACUCGUAUCAGCGAUUGUGCUGCUACACCUUGUUAUAAUGGAGGUAUAUGUCACGAUGAAAAAGGCGUUCAUGGCGGGUAUAGAUGUGAGUGCCAGAAAGGAUGGAUUGGAACUCAUUGUGAAAAAGAGACAAUCACAUGUGCCGAGAAGCCGUGUGUGCAUGGAACCUGCAUUGAUACCAACUUAGGAUUCAAAUGCGAAUGUCCCACCCGUUACAGUGGCACAACAUGUGAGACGCAAAUUGACGAAUGUAAACCGGAUCCAUGUGAAAAUGGUGGUAUAUGCUCCAGCAAUACGGAUACAUUUCAAUGUCGGUGCCUUAGUGGAUACAGCGGUAACAAAUGCGAAAUCAAUAUAGAUGAUUGCAAAGGCAAUCCUUGCGAAAAUGGUGGAUCUUGCAUCGACAUGGUUAAUCAAUUCAGAUGCCAGUGCGUUCCAGGAUUCAUUGGAUCAUUGUGUGAAAAUAAAGUUGACUUAUGUUUAACGAAACCAUGUGCAAACGGUGGUAUGUGCACGAAUCUCAACAACGACUACAGCUGUGAAUGCAAACCAGGUUUCACGGGGAAAGAUUGCAGUAUUGAUGUUGAUGAAUGUAGUUCAUCACCUUGCAAAAAUAGUGGCACCUGUGUGAAUCGCGUUAACAGUUUCCAAUGCGUUUGCGCAGGUGGUUUCAGAGGAUCUACAUGCGAAGAAGAAGCAUUGUCGACCACAUGGGAUUCCGCUACAGGAAGCAUCUCAGCGCAUAUAGCAGGAGGAUUCCACGACGCACAUAGUGGAAGAAGCGAUGGACUAAGCAAUGGUCAAAUUGUAUUGAUAGCUAUAUUUUCGGUUGCGACGCCGUUGGCUGCAUUUAUUGCCACAGCUGUUGUGAUUUGCAUGAAACGUAAACGUCGAAGAGAACAAGAAAAAGAUGAUGCAGAGGCGCGUAAGCAAAAUGAACAAAAUGCUUCACACAUGACACAACAUCAUAUCAAUUCGGUGUCCUCUUCGAAAAGAAGCAGCAAUAGCGCGUUAACAAAUUUAGAUACCUCUCACCAUAUGAUUAAAAAUACGUGGGACAAAAGUGUGAACAACAUGUCCACAUCAGUGAGUAUGGACGAAGGAUGUUUGAUGAAUAGUAGUUUAUAUGGUGGGAUACCUGGUGGAUACAGUGAAACUAAUCCCGCAGGUAAUGAGCAAUGCUAUCAGGCAAAUGCUAUUCCUACCACCUUACAACGUGCCAAAUCUCAAAAGCAGCUCAACACCGAUCCUGUGGUAAUGCAUCGAGCUUCACAGAUGAUCACUGGAGGAGGUCAAACUUUAUCACAAUCAUCAGCGGGGUCAGCGGUAACUUCUGCUCCAGCUACCUCAUCAACUAUGGCACAAACAUCUAAAGAGCAAAUUUUAGAUAAGCGGAUAUCUGUUCUUUCCGAUGUUAGUAUAUGCAAUACUCGAUGGAGUACUGCUUCUCAUAACCGACAAAUUGUCGGGCCAUGUAGUCCACCGCACGUUUAGGGUUGAUAUUCUUUUAAUGUUUAAUAUUAUUUUUGUAAGUGAUCUCCUUUCUGCCGAUGAAAUAUGUCUAAAUCGUAUUUAUGAAAUAAUCCAAAUUUAAAUUAUUUUCAAUAGGUCAUAUUUCAUGAGAUGGCAAAUUUCGAACAACGCAAAUGAUGAAUUAUUCAAUCUAUUCAGAUUCCAAGUGUACGCCAGAGACUAUAGUUUUAAUAAUUUAUUCAUCUUUUUGGCUUGUUGUAUUCAUUGUAUAAAGCGACUAAUGAAUUUAA